AUGGAUUUAAAACGUAAUUCAGUGAUUACUCUGUAUUUGGAAGGAAAAUCGAACAUCGAAAUUCUACCAAAUCUUAAACUAAAUGAGAAAUUUGUACAUCGCACUAUCAAACGAUAUUCUGAGACUGGUAGCAUUAAGAAACGCUAUGGUGGAGGAUGGCGUUGUACUGCAACGGCACCAGCAGUCGUCGAAAAGGAACUCACAGCUUUGCAACGUAGUAAACGGUUAGAGCGAUCAAAAGAGCUGAUUCGCUUGCUCGCCUCUGGUGAGCUUCCCAAUUUGGUGUUUUCGGAUGAAAAAACUUUCUGCGUUGAGCAGUUUCUUAACAAACAAAAUGACCGUGUAUGGUUGAAGGGACUCGACGUCACUCGACGUCAAGGAGCCGAUCAAAUCAUGGUUUGGGCGGCGGUGUCCGAAAAAGGCCGUUCAUCGCUCGUUUUUCUCCCAGUGGGUCGCAACCAAGUCAAAAUAAAUCAGCAAAUCUAUCGAGACAAAGUCUUAAUACCUGGACUGAUACCGUGGGCACGUAACACGUUCGGUUCUCGGAGCGUUGGACUUUCAAGCAAGACUCGGCACCAUCGCACAGAGCAAUUGGAACGCAAAAUUGGUUGA